GGCAGUGGUCGGGUUGGCGACGACUUUGAAAACGAACAGUUCGCGAGGGGAAAUGUCAGGGAAAAAAGGGGAUAGUCUCGUGGACGCGCGGCGACGACUCCGAUCGCGGUGAAAUAAAUUUGUUCGGGUAUUUUAUUCUCUCGGCGAUUUUUUUUUUUUAAAUAAAUUUUCGCGUUGAAAUUUUGCGAAAUAAAAUUAAUCCCGUGUCGAUUGAAGGGGGACAAUAUUUGUCCCCGUCGAGAUCGUCCGAGUUUCGAAACGCUCUUGUGUUUUGAGGUAGCGGCUCGUUGUUUGUUUGCGGCGUGCGUAUAUUUGCGAUGUUACUUUGCGCCAAUAAAGUUUCGUACACUUUGUCAUUAACGUUUAGCGACGGAAUGUUUGCACCAACGAGUCUGUGUAAUUGUAAGAACGACGCGAGGUUACGUUUUGCGACCACCGGCGUGAAAUCGGCGUGACUCCAUUUCACGUGAUAAAUAAAAUAAUGUGUACGCGCGCAAAAUUGUGUACAAAAAAUUUAUCCGACGAAAAUGAACGACGAGGCGGAAUACAACAUCGCGGUUAGAUAUCGCAGAGUCAAGAAGCAUCUCGAAAAUCUGGGAUACAAACAGACGUUGUCGUUGGACGCUUUACCUCUGAUCGAGAAUCUACUGGCCGAUCUCAUUCAAACCACAGACAGUCUCAAGCACUUCAAGGCUAUAGCCCAGGAGAAUAUUGAGGCGUGUAAUCAGUUGCAAUUAACAGUUGAUCCUUACAAGUGUGAUAACGCGAGAUUGGUGCAAGAAUGCAACCAGCUUCACGCGGAUCUGAUAGAGGCUAGGGAAGCCAAUCAGAAGCAAGUCAAGGAUCUGAAAAGACAGGUACACAAGUUAGAAUGUGAAUGUAAUGAUCUGCAAUUGGCAUCAUCGCGUAAUAUACAUAAAAUAAAAGAAUUAGAGACCGAAUCGGCUGCCAAGUCUAAAAAAAUACUGGAACUCCAAGGCAAAUGUCUGAAGCCAACCAUUGUCAAUGUCGGGCUUGCUGCUAAGAAACGUCCUUCCUUUCCCCUUCGAAGAUCGGUCUUAGAUGUCGAACCAAUGCCCAGGGCAAAAACCACCAGCUCGUUACCGAAAUUAAGCAACGUCGAGCCAAAAGUGAUUGAUCUAUUAAGCGUAACUGAUCACAAGAUAAACUGCUUACAGCAGGAGAUAAAAAAGUUACGGGGAGAACUUAUAUUGCAAAAUGAUACUGUAGACACUCUUGAAAAACAGCUAGCUACGAAGGAGAAGGAAAUAAACAGGCUGAAAAAAAUGCUGGAAGGUGGUCGUUCUUACGUCGCGGUUAGUAAGGAUUGCACUUGCAAGAAAAUCGAAAAGAAGACCGGCCCGAUCCACGAUGUGGACGUUAGCGAAGUGAGGAUUCUUCACCAAGCCAAAUUGGAGUUGGAACAACAGUUAAAAGAAGCACUAAGUAAGCAACAUGAUGCUAUGUCUCAGGCAGUGAAACUAGCAGCGCGAAAUGAGGAAUUGGAAAAAGAACUGAGAGACUUGGAUCAUGUUGCGUUGGCUGUGGAAGCCGACUGCAACUCCGCGGUUAAGGAGAACAACAGGAGAGUUUGUAGACUUCAGGAAAAGUUGGACGAUGCGAUGACACAAGUGCACGUCUUAGAACGUGAAUUGACCGUGGAACGUAGAGAAGAACAGGAGCUGAGAGCGGAUCUCGAGGCGUGUAGACUUGAGAAACGCAACGUUCAACGCUCUUUGGAAAAUGCACUGGACGAAAAGAAACAGAUGUCCGACAGAAUCAAUCAAUUGACAAUUAAGGAAAAACGUUUAAACGACGAAAUAGAAAGGCUGACUAGAGAAAACGAGCAUCUCAGACAAGCGUCCAAGAAUAGCGAUAGGUACUUAAAUCAUCAAGCAAUGAUGGCGACUGAUGGAGACACCGCUCACAGUUCCGAUGUGCAAAAACGGCUCGACGAAGCGAAUCUAACGAUCGCGUCCUUGCAACAGUCAAUUCAGCGGUUGGAAGCGGAACGGGAUCACUAUAGGAAAGAGUAUCUUAAUUGUCGAGACGAACAGCGCAGAACAGCUGACAAGGACAAUGACGACUUAUGGACGCGAAUCCGCGAGCUUCAGCGCGAGCUGAGCGACAGGGAUCGAGCGUUGAGCAAAGCGCUGCGGGAGAGGGACGAAUUGUGUCACGAGAAACAGGAACUGGAAGCGAGAUUGCAGGCUUACAAGGGGGGUCAGCCAAACAAGCUCUGCGUGCCUUGCAGAUCGUGCAGCUUGUGCAAACCCGUUCGCUUGUGCACCUGCUCGCCCCCCGGUGCGGCGAAAACCACUGCGGACAUUGGCGCGACCAAGACGAUUGUCGACCGUCUGGAACGAGAGCGGGACACGGCCAGGGCGGACGUCGAGCGUCUGAUAGAGGAACGUGACGCGUUACGCGAAAGGCUCAAGAUGAUGUCGGAAACGCAUACGUCCGAGAAUUUUCGUCUGAAGGAGAGCUUGGCCGAAGCGGAGAGCCGAUUGAAGCAAAUGGAGAAGGAACGGCAAGAUUUGCUGGUCAAUCAGGGCAACAGAAGGGCAGCGAUAAACGGCCUCGAGGAUCAGUUGAUCGACGCGCAGGAGGAACUACGUCGCACAAAGCAGGAGUUAAUGGCGCAACGGACGCAAUACUUCCAACUACGAACGCUGCAAGAUCAAACGGAUCAAGCGCUCGGAGAUGUUCAGGGCCAGCUGUCGCACGCGGAAUCCGAGUUGAACAAAGCUCUGGAUCGCAACAAAAGUAUGGAACAACAACAGACGCAGCUGAACGAUCAAAUCAAAGAGCUGAAGCAAGAGAUCAAUACUCUGCGCAUGAAUAUGACGCUCUUGGAUCAGGAAAAGGAUCGACUAGUGAUGGCAUUGGACGAAAAAACGGAAAAGAUCGACGCGAUGGAGCGAGAACUGGUGCGCAAGGAUCAGCAAGCGGAAGGUCUGCAGCAACAAAUCCGCGACUUGCAGCACAAAAACGAAAUAUGCAUCGAUCAGAGCGCGGAGCAGGAGCGUCAGCUGCGAUCGCUGCGUCUGGAGAUGGAGACGCUGCAGCGGCAGUUGGAGUCCGCGUCGGCCGAUCGCGAGAACGCGAUACACGAGAAUCGAAAGCUGCAGGACGAUCUUGCGGCGGUGAGCUGCGAGGUGCGAAACAUGCAGCACGAGCUCGAGGCCUCGAACGCCGAGUGUCACGAUCUGAAGAGACAGCUGCAGACCUACGUCAGCGAGGUGCGACGCGCCGAGGAACUCUUGAACCGAAAGGAGAACGAGAGAACGGAAAUGUUGAAUCAUUUCCGAAGUCUCAGUCUGGAAGCGACGGUCUUGGAGAACAACAAUCACAGUCUGGAAUCCGAGGCGGCGGAAGUCCGUGGCGCUCUUCAAACCGCAAGACAUCAGAUACUCGAUCUGGAGCGUCAGCUGGCGGACAGGGACACUUUGGUGAAGGGCUACGAAACUCAGAUAAGCAAUUUGACGCAAAGCGUCGCCAGCAUGGAGUCGCAGUUGCGCCAGCAAAUCGAGCAGAAACACCGAGCCGAGGCCGAUCUGCUGGCGGUUCGUGACCUGUGCGUGAAGCUCGAUCAGCAGAAGGACUCGCUUAUGGGGCAACUCGGUGACAAGGACACCUUGAAAGCGCAUUACGAAGCGCAGUUGUCGAAACUGAAAGCCGAGCAGACCAUCCUUGAAGAUCAGAUGACCAGAGAUCGCGUGACUGUGGAACGACUGGAAGCUCUUCUGGACCAAGCGAGACAGGAAUCCAUCAACGCGCAAGCCACCAAUCAGGAACUGCAAAACGAGAUCUCCAGGUUGAGACAGAAAGUCGCCGAACUUCAAAGUAAACUAGCGUCAGAAUCCGCGGAGCUCAGACAGUAUCAGAAUCAGGCGGCGGAAUACAGCAAGCAGAUCAGCGAGCUCCGCCGACAAGUUACCAACGAGAGAUUCGAUCGCGCGAGAAAGGAAGAGGAGAGUCGCAGAAAUUCCCAAGAAUCCGAGAGGGUUCUCCAACGACCAGACGCGCUCCAAGAUCACGCGACCGUUUUUCCGGAUGGUAGAUCGUCCUCUACCAACAACGAAAGUGUCGCCUCCGAGGUGUCCAGCACCGAUUCCGUCAGGCAAGCAGUGAACUGGCUGAAGAAACCGUACACCGCGAUCCCGAGAUUCGCGUGUACGCGCGAUCGAGUCGCAACGAUGCAUCUCGAGUGCCGAUGUUCCUUCAGAAAACCCGUCUCGCCCACGACCGUCAUACCGUGUCCCGCGUAUUUUACGCAGCGCGAGUCCUCCAACGACUCGGACAAUAAUAGAUCGAACGAUUCCUCGCGCGAAAGGAUCGACUGACAACGCGACAAUGCUCUUUUUACGGUAUCGAGUACCUUUGUCGUUAAAUUCGUCUCCGGACAGUUUCAACGUAGACUUAAACUUAGUCAUAUAAGGCACCCACGUGUACAUCGUGUCUCUUGAACCAAUAGACAGACAUUCGCAGCUGGAAAAGCGUGAUGGCGAAACAUCGCAAACGCGCGCGCCUCUGCAAUUUAAAAAAGAGAAGAAGAGACAAGCGAAGUAAUUAGACGCGCAUUUUAUGACAAAACCGAAGGAGCACGAGAGAGUACUCCGUGAGUAAUUUUGGAAAGAGAACGCGCAUUGGAAAAGAGCAACUAUUAAACGAUUUUUUUUUUUUUUUGAACAUAUACAGCAAGAUAUAAAAUGAGAUUUCUCUCUGUAUUAUCAAAAAACGUAAUCUCAAGACGCGAAUAAUCAUUAAGCGCGAUUAAAAACUUACGACACAGCGGAACAAAUGAAAAACAAGGUACCUGUACAUAUGUGAAAGAAACUAAAUUAUAAAUGUUGUAUAUAAAAGAUUUGAACAGAAACACACGAUAUAUAUAUAAAAUGAAAUUUAAUCAAU